AGUGCGACCCGUUUUGUUAUGGGUUGCCAUGUGACGUUUUCCCGCUGAAGAGGCAUAUAGCUUUAGAAAAAAGAUGUUGAAGUGAAACAUUUCGCGGGAUUUUAUCAGUUGAUUUGGACCAAAACCUAACCAUGGCCGAGAAGAAGUAUGCCGGGGCUCCUUUUGGAACACAAACAGCGAGGUUUGAUGUCUCUGGUGUACAUCCAAAAAGCAAGUACCCUGGGACCUUCACAGAAAUCCCGUAUGAUAAAAAAUCCAUUGAUGAAUUGAAUCGUCGACUGGCCCCAGGUACAUACAAAGUGGAUGUGGGCGGGUUCAACAAGAAAUCAGUGGAUGAGCGGGCUGGUGGGCCGGGUUGGGCUCGAGCAUACGAAGUGGAGAGAAUGGCUGCCCUUCCACAUCUGUUACACAAAGACCAGUGGGAAAUGAAGAAGCUUCUGCAAAGAAAGCUAGCUCCUGGAUCAUACGACAUCAAGGAUUUCCUCCAGGCGUCUGACGAAAAACCCAGAAGUAUUCGAGGAAUUUGUCAGACGAGAGAUCAGCGGUUCAAGGAGAAUGUAGCAGCAAACGAGACUCCUGGUCCGGGUACAUACGGCAAGGGAGGGAUUCCCCACACAGCUGUGGAGGAGAAAGCACGACUGUCCACCAGCACUGUGGGCAUGCUAGACGCCGGAUCCUCCACGCCCAGAAAUCUACCCACUGUUGGCUCUGAGCUAGGACCAGGGACGUACAACUUUAAGAGUUUUACCCAGGAGACCGUGGACAAGGUGACCAGUCUGAGGGGCCCGUACGACUUGUUCUCCGGGGACAGAAACAAACCUAUCUCCGAUGGGUACCUCGCUGCUCCGAAACUGGCAGACCUUGGCCCUGGGCAGUAUGAGCUAAAAUCCUUUGUUGACGAUUGGAAGACAGAACAUAGAAUCCGACAGGGCAAAUUUGGUAAAGUGGAGCAACACCCUAAAAAAGGCACGGAGCGGAUAUUUUGUUCCACACUACAGCAGUGUCCCAAAGAGGAGGGAACUCCUGGACCAGGUACAUAUGAACCUAAACAGCUGUCCAAACCCGAGACCAAAAACUCGCCUGGCUUCCUGUCUACAGCUCAGAGGAAUGACCGGGUGUCUCAAAGGUUUUUCACUAGGAACUUUAACCCUGUUGGUGCUGGUCGCUAUGACGUCCAGAAGUGGGAGGAGUCUCAGCAUAAGAACGGCCAUGGCAGUGUGUUCCAAUCCAGGACUGGUAAACUCAAUGCUGUCAUGGAGAAAUUCCUCAAAGAGAGGGUGCGUGCUAAAGAUGUGAGAUUACAGGACCGUGUAUUCCUGGUGACCCCUGAACCCCCAGAAGUCUACGUUGGUCGUUCUAAAGCUCAGAUGGAAUUUGCUGCCAGACGUGCUGCUACCGUGGCCAACAAGUAACUUGCAAUUCAGUAUUGGAUCGGAGCAAAGACUGACGUUUUUUAUACCUGGAGUUCUGUGAUAAUGAGAGUAUUUUUGUCCCCGACUUACGGGCGGCAUUUACUUCACCGUUACAAUCACCUGCUCUGCACAGUAUUACAAUUAAAAUUAUAGUACUAUAGCUGUCA